AUGCAUGCUUCACGUCGAGCUGCAGUCGCGGCUGCAUGGUGUCUGCAGUUCCUCCGAGUCACAGCAAAUCCAAUUUCGACUUGCGAGCCGAAACUAGGAGCAGUGGCGUCCGAGAAUGCUGUCUGCAGUCAAAUCGGCAUUCAGCUGCUCAAAGAUGGAGGCAAUGCCGCAGAUGCAUUGGUUGGCACCGUCUUCUGCGUUGGUGUAAUUGGUAUGCAGCAUAGCGGUAUCGGUGGCGGCGGCUUCCUGCUCGUUCGAAGCAGCAACGGCAGUUAUGAGUUCAUCGACUUCAGAGAGACUGCUCCUGCUGCGGCUUUCCAGGACAUGUACGUCAACAACACGGAUGCCAGCCUGUACGGAGGUCUUGCAAGCGGUGUGCCUGGAGAGCUGAGAGGUCUCGAACACCUGCAUAAGAAUUAUGGCAAGCUGCCCUGGGAAUAUGUCAUGAAGCCUGCAAUCAAGGUCGCUCGUUACGGGUUCAGAGUGAACGAAGACCAAGUCCGCUAUAUGAACUCAGUAACACAUAACAGCAAUUUCUUCACCGAUGAUCCGUCAUGGGCCAUUGACUUUGCGCCUCACGGCAGACGCGUACAGCUUAAUGAUACCAUGACACGCAAGCGAUAUGCCGAUACUCUAGAGGUCAUCUCCAAGGAGGGUGCCGACGCAUUUUAUUCUGGAGCUAUCGCGAAUGCGACAGUAUCAGCAUUGCGCAAGUCCAACGGAACCAUGACUCUCGAGGACUUGGCGAAUUACACGGUUGCUUUGAGGAAACCAUCCGCCCUCGACUAUCGUGGCUACAAGCUGACGAGCUGUGGUGCUCCUGCCGGUGGCUCCGUAGCACUCAGCACCUUGAAUAUUGUGAGCGGUUAUUCUGGCUUCGGCGACCCGGCACAAAUCAACAUUACCACUCAUCGACUCGACGAGGCUAUGCGGUUCGCCUAUGGCCAGCGGACACUUCUGGGUGAUCCGUCAUUCGAUGACGGUGUUCUAGAAUACCAGGAAUCCAUGCUCUCGGGGGCGACAGGCGCAGAAGUACGCUCCAAGCUCCUAGAUUUCACCACCCAAAACGUAUCCGUGUAUGAUCCCUCUGGCUUCGAAAGUCUAGAGACACCCGGCACUAGCUAUAUUGGCACUGCCGAUGCUAGCGGGCUCGCUAUCAGCCUGACAACCACUAUCAACACCUUAUUUGGCUCGCAGGUGAUGAUUCCCGAGACAGGUGUCAUCAUGAACAAUGAGAUGAACGACUUUUCGAUACCCAAUACCACCAAUGCUUUUGGUUAUAUUGCUAGUCCCGCGAACUAUAUCAGCCCUGGCAAGCGGCCUCUCUCAUCCAUCUCGCCCACCAUUGUGGAAACGUCUGACGGCAAGUUGUACCUGGUGGUAGGAUCGGCUGGUGGUAGUCGCAUUAUCACAGCUACCAUCCAGAACAUCCACCAUGUCCUAGACCAGAAUAUGACCACGCCGCAGGCGCUAGCUCAACCAAGGCUGCACGACCAACUGAUUCCAAAUCUGGUUUCUUUUGAAUAUGCGUACGACAACAGCACGGUCGCUUACAUGAAGAGUCUUGGUCACAAUGUAACCUGGGUGGCACCUGGUUCGAGCACAGCCCAGGCGUUGAGACUUCUGCCGAACGGAACUUUCGAAGCCGCUGGAGAGCCACGACAGCUUAACUCUGGUGGAUUUGCCGUAUGA